AUGCGUGUCGGGAAUGCCGACGACUGCGAUCGUCUCGUGCCAAGUUGCUCGCUAUGUGACAAGUUUAAUCGGCGAUGCCUUUACGAAACGUUGUCGAAGACCCCGUUAACCAGGCAAUAUUUGACUGAGGUCGAGGAGGAAUUGACACGGACCAAGGCCCUACUCUCCGAGCUUCUACCUGGGUCCAGCCAUGGCAUUGCGAAUGGCGAACGAUUUACUUAUCCUGAGCAGGAUAGGGCCGGUGACCGGGGUCUGACGUCCGAAAUCCCUAACCGCGAGGGAUCAUCAGAGCAGCCGGAGAGAGCCUAUGUACCCCACAGCAAUAUCGGAUCCGAAACUAUUCCUGCUCCGGAGGUCCCCAACCAACCCUCGCUGGGUGUCUUCAGCGCUUCUUCGUCCACUAGUGGCCAGCUGUACGAUUACUCUGCGAGGUGCCAGACAGGGAUUUCCCACCGGGCCAAUCGCCGAAGCCAGGACGCCGUAAUGUCUAUGGAGACGCCUCCUUCCGCCGGCAAUGUUAACUUCGAAUGGGAUGAACGCACGGAGGACCAGGGUGGUGAUGGGUUUGUGGAUGGCAUGGCUAUUCUCCCUAGCCGUUCUAAUGAUAGUGGCUAUUUAGGCACCGCAUCUGGUGCUGCAUUACUUCGAAUGACUAACUCUCAGUCCGGAGGGGAAAGACUUGAUAUGCCGGAACCUGGUCGCCCAUUUGAAACAGCAUCUUCCCACCAGUCACCAAGCGUUCCUUUCGCCUUGAGCUCUCUAUCUCAACUAGAACCAUUUGUCGAUGCUUAUUUUUCCCUUUAUCAUUGCUCGUACCCCAUCAUCCAUGAAGCAACGUUCCGUGCGCAAUUCAUGGAGGUCAUUCCACGGCCAACCAGCACUACCUGGCAAGUGCUGUUGUAUGUGGUAGCAGCCUUGGGAGCUUUUACAGCUGCAGUAACCCCGACAGAUGUGGAUUUGGCCUUGUUCAAGGCGGCAAAGGCCCGCUUGACGAUCGAUGUACUGGAAACUGGUAGCCUAAUUUUGGUACAAGCAUUGACCCUGAGCUCAAACUACCUGCAAAAGAGGAAUAAGCCAAACUCGGGGUAUAACUAUCUUGGGCUCGCUCGGAGAACAGCAAUGGGAAUCGGGUUGCACAAAGAGUUUCCCACUUCCAAAGCGUCUCCACUGGCAAUGGAGAUGAGACGGAGGGUUUGGUACUGUCUCUACAUCUUCGAUGUGGGCGCAAUUAUCACCUUCUCGCGGCCCUUGGAGUUUCCAGAACAGGGAAUCGAGACUCGCCUGCCGUUAAACAUCCAUGAAAGCGGUAUUACCGCCAGUACACAGGCCGUCCCAUCCCCAAUAACUGAAACUACCGUGUACACACAUCUGCGGGCGCAAGCAAUGUUCCAUCUGAAGACCAACCUCAUUUAUACCAAGAUUACUUCAACCUCAUUUCCAUCUGCUGCUGAGCUGAUCGAACUAGAUGACCGUCUCAUUGGCGACUGGUUGGCGUCCCUUCCGUCCUUUUUUAGCGAAGAGGCCAUCCAGGCGCCCAAAUUUGCUCUCUGUCAUUCGAUCCUGAGAUGGAGAUAUCGUAAUCUCCGCAUCCUGAUGUAUCGACCAUUUCUGGUGGGCAAGUGGAUGCUCAACUCCGACCAAGGCCCGGACGGCCUCCGUGAGAAGGAUGAUACCCAUGUAGAACUUGCCAUCCAACGAUGCUUCGAUGCCGCCCGCGAGUCUGUUGAGCUUAUCUCAUCGUUCUGGGCACAACAUCAGAAAACAACGAUGGCAUGCUGGUAUGGAGUAUACUUCUUGUUCCAAGCGAUCCUGAUCCCCGUGAUCUGCUUGCGGAACAAUCCGUCAGAUCCGGUCGCCCAUGGUUGGCGUGAACAGAUUCUCCAGGCAGUCCACACUCUCGAAUCAAUGGCGCCACUCAAUGCGAACGCUGAACGAUUUCUUAGAGUCAUUCAAUCUUUAUGUGGCUGUUAUCUGUACCCUCGUAGCAGUGGCUGGGAAGGCCCCAUCCAAGAAUCACCUGAGACACAAAUCGCUAAUCUAUAUCCUCUUAUGUGGCCCACAUUAGAGAUGGCGCAACUUGAUGGCGUAGAUUCUGCUUUGUAA